AUGAGGAACCCAGUCAAUUUUAAGAGGAAAAAGGAAGACUCCACCGACGCGGGUUUGAAUGCGCAGACUUCACUUUCAGAGGUUUCUUCGCGUGUGGACAGUGAGUGUACGGAACCAUUGGGUGUGGACAGUGGGUGUGCGGAACCAUUGGGUGUGGACAGUGGGUGUACGGAACCAUUGGGUGUGGACAGUGGGUGUACGGAACCAUUGGGUGUGGACAGUGGGUGUACGGAACCAUUGGGUGUGGACAGUGGGUGUACGGAACCAUUGGGUGUGGACAGUGGGUGUACGGAACCAUUGGGUGUGGACAGUGGGUGUACGGAACCAUUGGGUGUGGACAGUGGGUGUACGGAACCAUUGGACGUGGACAGUGGGUGUACGGAACUAUUGGACGUGGACAGUGGGUGUACGGAACCAUUGGACGUGGACAGUGGGUGUACGGAACUAUUGGGUGUGGACAGUGGGUGUACGGAACUAUUGGGUGUGGACAGUGGGUGUACGGAACUAUUGGACGUGGACAGUGGGUGUACGGAACCAUUGGACGUGGACAGUGGGUGCACGGAACCAUUGGACGUGGACAUUGGGUGCACGGAACCAUUGGACGUGGACAGUGGGUGUACGGAACCAUUUUACGUGGACAGUGGGUGUACGGAACCAUUGGACGUGGACAGUGGGUGUACGGAACUAUUGGACGUGGACAGUGGGUGUACGGAACUAUUGGGUGUGAACAGUGGGUGUACGGAACUAUUGGACGUGGACAGUGGGUGUACGGAACCAUUGGACGUGGACAGUGGGUGUACGGAACCAUUGGACGUGGACAGUGGGUGUACGGAACCAUUGGACGUGGACAGUGGGUGUACGGAACCAUUGGGUGGCCUUUUAAAUUCACCAUUAUUGUUGACGUGUGUGGAUGCAGUGAUCCAUUAG